AUGGCUACCGCUGUUGUCACCGGUCCUUUGCCGACUCCUUCCAUCAACAUCUCCUCCCCUAAUCAGUCACAUUCAUCCAAUUCCACCCCACGGAAUCCAGUUCCAGUCACUUCGACAAUGCUCCCUUCGGCCUCCUCACAUCAAUCUUCUAAUGUUGUCCAUUCCAACAAUAAUAACUCAUCAACCUCUCACUCUUCCGCUUCGACUGUUGUCCCUCAAUACCCUUAUAAUGUCUCAAUGCCACCAUUCGCAGGUGCUCUUCUUCCCUACGAACGUGCACCCAUGCCGGACGAUAACGAUGUUCAGACUCGUCUUCCCUCGAUCUGUGUGGAUUACCUGAGCCACAAUUGGGAUGAAAAAGAUGUUUGGACGAGUUGGAAAGCUAUGACUCGACAUAAACAUGAGAUGGCCAAUGGAGUCCGCCUCGAGAAUGCGAGUUGGCGCACUUGGGCCAAACAACGUAGUAAUCUGAAAACUAUCAGUCCUGAGACCUUGAACUGUAUUUUUGAAACUGAUAUGGGCAUCAUCUUACCUACAUCACAAUGCACUCUUCCAUACAGGCUCAAGGACAGCGAUGUAACUUGGCUUUAUGGUCCUUUGCAUACGGCUGUCGAUCCAGUGCCACCUGCUAAAAUGUCAUCUCUUGAAGAUCGGUUUAACCUCGAUGGUCAAGCACCGUCAGCCAACUCUCUCUCUGGUUCAGCUCUUCCCUCUCGCAGCGGUUCUGCUGUUUCGGUUCGUUCAACAAAAGUACCAGGAAAGCCUAUUCUCAAACACCGAAGCUUGUCUGAAAUCUUGGGUGUCACAGCUCAUCCGGCUGGAGCGAGUGGCGAAUCUGGAUCAGAUGGUGGAAGUGAUCACGAUGGCACGCAAGAUGGCAGCGAUUCUGGUCACCACAAACGCCCAAGGGUUUCGAUUGCUCAUCCCGCAUCCGACUCUACGCUUGUAAACUUGAGGCAACAUCUCCCCGUUGGUAAAGGUUCGCCAUCUACCUUAACGGUAGGGUACGACAGCUCUACCAGUGGCGAUGACGACAGCGAAUCCAAUCACUUCGUACCUGGUCAUGCACUUACUGUGGGUCAGCCAGUCAAGCGCAAAACCGCAUUUCGAAACAGUGGGAACAAUAGUAGCGGUAGUGGUACAGAAGACUCGGCCAAACCCAAGAAGCACAUUAGCUUUUCACAUCGUGUUGAACAGUGUAUUGCAGUCGAUAGUGAGGAAGAACGAGGGUUGUAUGCAUCCAAGGCCCUUCUACGAUCUAAAGCUGGGAUGCGUGCCUCGCCAGGGAUCAUGGAAGAUGAUGAUGACGACGAUGAGGAGGAUGAUGUCUUGACAUUCCGCUCUUCUGCAUCUCGGCACCCUGGCAUCAACGUAACAGCCAAUCGGUAUCCGUCAUAUUCGAGUCACCUGCCUCAUACUCUGGACCAUCCGAUGAUGGUUGGUUCGUCAUCGAUGAUCACGCCGAGCCCAAGUCUUUCAGAGCCUCAUACUAUCGCACGGAUGGCGCCAACCACACUCAAAAGCAGUGAGGUUCUGCCUGCACCGAGUCCAGUGGUAGUCUAUGACCGUGACCCAAUCUGGUCCGGGGCUCAAGGCUCAUCAGGUGGUCCAAGUUAUCCGAUGUACACUGUCACCUCCUCCCCUGCUGGCUCUGGUCUCCAUGACAUUCCUCCUACUGCCGAACCUCUUCAGAAUCCUGCAACAUCAGUUAUUGAUCAGUCGACUCCGAGUUACUACUCACGUACGUACGGACCCGUCACUUCGACUGGCGGAACCACUUAUCCCAUACCCACCCCAGCCCGCGAUGACACCCCAUCCACUUCGUCUCACUAUACAUCUACUGUGCCUACUACAAAGUGGACCGGGACAACUGAUGACGAUGAUGACACGGAGGAAUUCACUGCCAUGGGUUUUGAUUACUUUUCCGGACCUGAUCUUGGAGUUGGGGGUGAUUAUGAUCAGCCACGGUUGUCAUCUCAUCCUCUCGCUGGACCUUCGCAAAAUGGUUUCGAUACUGGUACCCCAAGUGAAGAGCCCAACUCGACUGGAAAAUCAAACACUAAAGGCCUCGUCAGCUCACCUGGUUCGAAUAGUCAAACUAGACUUGGUAAUCAUCAAGGUCCAAUCCUCGUUCCUCAACUCAAGUCACCAAGCCAAAAGGUUUCUUCGGCAUCUUCAUCGUCUUCCUCCCUCACCUCAAGCCCUCUCUCUCAUCCCUAUGGUGCUUCAUCAGUAUCUUCCACCACCCCACCUCAUACCGAUAAGUCUACAAACCUACCACUUCCUACGUCUUCUUCAGCAUCAUCACUUCCAAACUUGAUAUCCGGGAGCAACGAGCGCCCUGAUCGCAUGGCCAGAGGUAGAUCUUCGUCCAGAGGCUCCUCCGCAUCAAGUUUCGAGCGGAGUACCACAGAUCAUUAUCGACAUUCAUCUAACAGUCCCUCCUCUCAAAGUCCUCCCGCCAAUGUCAGUCCGCACGGGUCACUUAUAGGUGUAGUAGGAGCCGGAGGUCCGAGCCAACCCCGAUUAUCCAGAUCUUCGGGUUCUUCAAGCUCCUUAUCUCGAUCAGGCGCAAGUGGCGACAAUUUGAGUCGAGGAAAAUCUAGAUUGAUAGAUGUGACGAUUGGAGAAGAAGAUGAACAAGAAGACUUGAGCUCGGGAAAAGGAAAAUUGGUGAUGAACGGAUCAGAUGAUACAAAGAGUCCUGGAGCCAAUCCCUCUCCUGUUAGAGCUGGAAGUCUGAGGAAAAAGUCGACUUCGCCUCCAAUGCCCUGCGUGAUCAGUGCACCCAAGCCAGCUAGUGCUCAGUUAGCUACUGGAUUUGAAGCGGAUCAAGAAGAUGAUAAAGAUUUAAUGGGAUCAGUUGAGACACCGAAUGGGAUCUUAUCAGCUCUAAUGAUGAAAAAGAAUGGAAGUGCAAGCUCAUUGGGAUCAUUGAAAUGGGCUGAUGAAACACUUGUAGCACAAAAAAAUACGCGUAGAUUAUCGGGAGAUGAAUUUGGAUUUGGAAAUUAUUAUGAAGAACAAGAAGAAGGUGAAAGAGGUGUGAUUGGAAAAGCAGUAGAAACGGCCAAAGAACUUGUAGGAGCGAUUUGGAGUGUUGGAACUAGAUCGAUUUUUGGUAAUAAUCUUGUAAACGGAACAAACAAUAAUAGUGGGACUAAUAGUAUUAAUAAUAAUCAAGGUAAUCAAGAUAAUCAAGAUGGAUGA